AUGAUUUAGGGCCGCAGCAGGUUUAUUGUGGGGCCUGUGGAUGUUCCUGUGGGACGCACGCCCUUCCCCCUCCUCGGGCCCCAGAGAUGAGAUGAGGCUCGCGCCAGGAAUGCGCUGUGACGUCACGGCGCUCUGGAUCUCACACUUUUGGGGGAAUCAUUGUGUUGGGCUUGCGUCUGCCUGUGUUAAAGUUUCCCGCAGCCGUGUAGCGUCUGUUUGACUCGCAGCGCAGGGGUAAAGCGGGUUUUCGGAUGGCCAGGUUUUGACCUUCUUCUGCAUGGAUUGUUUGCGAAAACUUCUUAGCCGAGAGGUAAGAGCCAUUGCAUCUGUCCUUCCCGUUACUCCGCGGCCGAUGGUGUGCUGUGCAAACUGGGACACGCGCUCUUGUUUCCAUAGAAACGCACAGGACGCCCUGAUACUGCUGUGCUGCGCGCCGCUCCGAUCAUUCAUCAAGACUUCACAAAAACCGCAAGAUGGUAAGGAGACAAGCGACAGCACGAAUCAGCAAAAUAAGCCAUUUUAUGACAACGUUUACUACCCGUACCCGUCAGAUCCCCCGGGAACCCAUUCCUCAGCAGGAAUCCCAUCUCUGUUGAGCUCUCCGCAGAGUCAGCCCUCAUCCGGCAACCUGAGCAGACCGGCCGCAUCCACCAUGUCCGGACCGCUUACGUCCUCCGGAGCCGCCACCAGCACUGGCAUCCCUACGCCCUUCAAGUUCCGAGCCCGGCGUGAGAAUGUGGACUGGCGUCGGAUCAGUGCCAUCGAGGUGGACCGGGUGGCUUCCGAAUUGGACUUCCACACCCUACAGGAGCACAUCACGGAGGUGACGUUCUGCGACGUGGAGGGCGAGCGCUGCCACCGCUGUCAGAGCCCCGUGGACCCGGCCCUGAUUAAGCUCUUCCGGCUGGCCCAGCUAACCGUGGAGUACCUGCUGCACUCCCAGGAUUGCCUCAGCAUCAGCCUGCAGGCGGCCGAGGAGAGGCUGCAGGCGCAGAUGCGGGAAAGGGAGCAGCUCUGCAUCCAGCUGCAGAAAAAAACCCAGGAUGCCAAGACGUUAAAGGAGGAGCUGAAGCAGAGGAAGAAGAUCAUAGCCUCUCAGCAAGCCAUGUUCAGCACGGGGAUCAGUGCCAAUUACCACAAGUGCCAACACUGUGAGAAAGCCUUCAUGAAUGCCUCUUUCCUGCAAAGUCACAUGCAGCGCAGACAUCCUACGGAGUUUGACAUCAAACUGAUGAUGACAGAUAAUCAGAAAAAAAUUCAGACCAUGAAGUUACAAGAGGAGAUCAAUAAUCUACAAGAGCAGCUGACCCUGGUCACGUCCCAAAUGGAGACACAGCAGAAAGACUACACUGCUAAACAGGAGAAAGAGCUCAUUCAAAGGCAGGAAGAGUUUAAGAGACAACUGGAAAUAUGGAAAGAAGAAGAGAAAAUGCGAAUGAAUGGCAAAAUAGAUGAAGUCAAGCAAGCCUGUCAGCGGGACAUGGAUUCAAUGCAUCAAAAGAACAGAAACCUAGAAAAUGAGCUGCUAAAAUUACAGCAGAAAAAUAUGCAGGAAAGUAUGCAGAUGGUACAGACACCGCCCAGUACAUCAGCCAGCAAGGAACACUGGCAGGAAGUUGUUAAACUUCAACAAAAACUCCACAAACAAGAAGUGAAGUGGGCAGGGAAAAUGCAAAAAAUGACGGAGGAACGUGACGGUGAAAAAAGUCUGCUUCAGGAGGAGCUGUUCAAACUGCGCUCGGCCGUGUCUGAAGGGAGGGAGGAAUCACGACGACAGGUGCAGGAGCUGAGCCACAGGCUGCAGGAGCAGCAGCAGAUUAUUGCCUCCCAAAACAAGCAGAUGAAACAGAUCUUGUCAAAGCCACCAGCAAUAACAGUACAGCGUGAAGUGCUUGCUGCCCCGGCUCCAGAGACUAAAGCUAAAGUGGUGCUCAGUGAGCAGUCCAGCUCAGUCCACAAACUGGAUCCUAUAGUGGAGCUGUCUGAGGAGGAGAAAGAUUCCUCUAGCAUCUCUGAAAGUCACACAGAGAGCCGGUCGUGGCAGCAGGAAGUGCAAGAGCUGUUGGAGAACCCGGGUUUGAGGAGAGACAUGCGUCUGGCAGCUCAGCAGAACCUUGAAGAUAGGCUGCAGAGCCUAGGCAUCAAGGGAGUCAGUGGUCUCUCUAAAGGACUAUAUAAGAACACCAUGACCCAGGUUAUCACUGAUCGUCAGAAGAGACAGGAAGAGGAUCCAGCGUAUCGGAGGGCUCUGAAAGAGAUCAGCCAUAAACUGGAGCAGAGAGUAAAGGAGAGGAACAUGGAGCAGCCAGCCAAACCCAAACAACAUGAACAAGUGAUUCAGUCCAGACCCAGAUCCAGCAGUUUUCCAUCUACAGUAACUCGAGUGGUGUCGGGCCCUGCUCCUAAACAGCAGCACACCCCACAACCAACUCCACGCAGCAGAACCAGCACCCUGCCCAAAACCUCCACACCGCUACAGCAUCACAGAACUCCUCCAUUCAGCUCUGAUGAAGAAUCAUCUGAGGAAGAGGAAUCGUCUGAAGAAGAAACCCCUCAAACACAGAAGAAAUCUGCCCUGGUCAACAGCACCACAGUCAAAGCCCAGACUGCUAAAACACAGCAGCGCUCGACCCCUCCUGCUCUUGCUGUGCGCUCCGCUGCUCCUGUGACCAGUGCGGACAGGACGGACGUGACGGCUCUGAGCGAGAGCGACAGCGAGUGGACCGACGGCAGCGAGAUGCAGGAGCUCAACCUCUCAAAGCUGCACAAACACACUGACCAGAAUGGAAACGUGGAGAAGAUUACUCACAGUAAAGUCAAAGCUCUUGGCAAAAGCCUUGAAAAACAUCUGGAAGCACGAGGCCCAAAGAAACCAGCAGGGGGCGUUAAUACAUUGCUUGAAAAGCCAACAGCUGUCAAAACUAUGAAGCAAGACGCAAAGAAAGAGCUAAAGUACACAGAUGAAGAUGAUGACGAUGAUGACUGGGAUAUCUCCUCUCUGGAGGAUGUGCCCGCUGUAACCAAACCCAGCCAAUGUCCCGUACCUGUCAAGAAGAGCUUGGACAAGAGUCUGGACACCAGCACGAGUGUGUGGGGCUCAUCGACGGGCAAAGGACAGAAGCCAGGCCUCACAGACGCAGGAACCGGCAGCACUCUCAAGAGCAGUUUAGUGAGCGUCAGCGACUGGGAUGAUUCAGAUGAGAUAUAAUAAAAUGCAGAAGAGCAAUACCAAAGUUAAUCAAGUUAAUAUACCUUAUAUCCAGUAUCUGUUGUAGCUCAGGCUUAGUGAUUAUUCAGGGACAGCGGUGCAAAAACAGUUUAAUAUUAACAGUGUUAAAGGUACUUUAUAUGAAAUAUAAAGGUACAAGUACACCUAAUACUAAGGAACAGCCAAGGGAUGUUGCACUUUAAAAUGAUUGCCUCAUAUUUUUUGAUAGUUUAUGU